AUGUCUGGAAACGUGAUUCAGUCCUCUGUGCUUGGGAAUGGCGUCCCUGAAAGGGCCAUUGAUGGAAAUCGUGCUAGUGACUGGGCAGAGGGAUCCUGUACCCAGACUAACAAUGAAUUAAAACCAUGGUGGAGACUGGACCUCCUGAACACAUAUCAGAUCAACACUGUCACCAUCACCAACAGAGGAGAUUGUUGCCCCAAAAGAAUCAAUGGUGCUGAGAUCCGCAUUGGAGAUUCCCUCAAUGACAAUGGCAACGGUAAUCCCAGAUGUGCUGUUAUCUCAUCUAUCGCAGCUGGGACCACCCAAACUUUUGCGUGCAAUGCAAUGGAAGGUCGUUAUGUAAACAUUGUGAUUCCUGGUAGACGACAGUACCUGACACUGUGCGAGGUGGAAGUCAAUGGUCAGCCUAAAGGUAACACUGCUCCAACUGGUCCUAAUAUUGCUCAAGCUGGAAACGUGAUUCAGUCCUCUGUGUUUGGGAAUGGCGUCCCUGAAAGGGCCAUUGAUGGAAAUCGUGCUAGCGACUGGGCAGAGGGAUCCUGUACCCACACUAACAAUGAUUUAAAACCAUGGUGGAGACUGGACCUCCUGAAGACAUAUCAGAUCAACAGUGUCACCAUCACCAACAGAGGAGAUUGUUGCCCCGAAAGAAUCAAUGGUGCUGAGAUCCGCAUUGGAGAUUCCCUCAAUGACAAUGGCAACCGUAAUCCCAGAUGUGCUGUUAUCUCGUCUAUCGCAGCUGGGACCACCCAAACUUUUGCGUGCAAUGCAAUGGAAGGUCGUUAUGUAAACAUUGUGAUUCCUGGUAGACGACAGUACCUGACACUGUGCGAGGUGGAAGUCAAUGGUCAGCCUAAAGGUAACACUGGUCCAACUGGUCCUAAUAUUGCUCAAGCUGGAAACGUGAUUCAGUCCUCUGUGUUUGGGAAUGGCGUCCCUGAAAGGGCCAUUGAUGGACAUCGUGCUAGCGACUGGACACAGGGAUCCUGUACCCACACUAACAAUGAUUUAAAACCAUGGUGGAGACUGGACCUCCUGAAGACAUAUCAGAUCAACAGUGUCACCAUCACCAACAGAGGAGAUUGUUGCCCCGAAAGAAUCAAUGGUGCUGAGAUCCGCAUUGGAGAUUCCCUCAAUGACAAUGGCAACGGUAAUCCCAGAUGUGCUGUUAUCUCGUCUAUCGCAGCUGGGACCACCCAAACUUUUGUGUGCAAUGCAAUGGAAGGUCGUUAUGUAAACAUUGUGAUUCCUGGUAGACGACAGUACCUGACACUGUGCGAGGUGGAAGUCAAUGGUCAGCCUAAAAGUAACACUACUCCAACAGAACCUAAUAUUGCUCAAGCUGGAAACGUGAUUCAGUCCUCUGUGUUUGGGAAUGGCGUCCCUGAAAGGGCCAUUGAUGGAAAUCGUGCUAGCGACUGGGCAGAGGGAUCCUGUACCCACACUAACAAUGAUUUAAAACCAUGGUGGAGACUGGACCUCCUGAACACAUAUCAGAUCAACAGUGUCACCAUCACCAACAGAGGAGAUUGUUGCCCCGAAAGAAUCAAUGGUGCUGAGAUCCGCAUUGGAGAUUCCCUCAAUGACAAUGGCAACGGUAAUCCCAGAUGUGCUGUUAUCUCGUCUAUCGCAGCUGGGACCACCCAAACUUUUGCGUGCAAUGCAAUGGAAGGUCGUUAUGUAAACAUUGUGAUUCCUGGUAGACGACAGUACCUGACACUGUGCGAGGUGGAAGUCAAUGGUCAGCCUAAAGAACCUAAUAUUGCUCAAGCUGGAAACGUGAUUCAGUCCUCUGUGUUUGGGAAUGGCGUCCCUGAAAGGGCCAUUGAUGGAAAUCGUGCUAGCGACUGGGCAGAGGGAUCCUGUACCCACACUAACAAUGAUUUAAAACCAUGGUGGAGACUGGACCUCCUGAACACAUAUCAGAUCAACAGUGUCACCAUCACCAACAGAGGAGAUUGUUGCCCCGAAAGAAUCAAUGGUGCUGAGAUCCGCAUUGGAGAUUCCCUCAAUGACAAUGGCAACGGUAAUCCCAGAUGUGCUGUUAUCUCGUCUAUCGCAGCUGGGACCACCCAAACUUUUGCGUGCAAUGCAAUGGAAGGUCGUUAUGUAAACAUUGUGAUUCCUGGUAGACGACAGUACCUGACACUGUGCGAGGUGGAAGUCAAUGGUCAGCCUAAAGUUUGUCCAGAACCUAAUAUUGCUCAAGCUGGAAACGUGAUUCAGUCCUCUGUGUUUGGGAAUGGCGUCCCUGAAAGGGCCAUUGAUGGAAAUCGUGCUAGCGACUGGGCAGAGGGAUCCUGUACCCACACUAACAAUGAUUUAAAACCAUGGUGGAGACUGGACCUCCUGAACACAUAUCAGAUCAACAGUGUCACCAUCACCAACAGAGGAGAUUGUUGCCCCGAAAGAAUCAAUGGUGCUGAGAUCCGCAUUGGAGAUUCCCUCAAUGACAAUGGCAACGGUAAUCCCAGAUGUGCUGUUAUCUCGUCUAUCGCAGCUGGGACCACCCAAACUUUUGCGUGCAAUGCAAUGGAAGGUCGUUAUGUAAACAUUGUGAUUCCUGGUAGACGACAGUACCUGACACUGUGCGAGGUGGAAGUCAAUGGUCAGCCUAAAGGUCACCUGGCUUGA